AUGUUCCGCUUUCACAAAACCCUCGAUAUCAUCACCCUCUUCCACAAGGCCGGUAACUUAGCCUCGACGCCGCCUAGACUGCCCCGCCGCGCGAGGACGCGCGAGGAGUUUAAGCUUAACAUUACCGAGGAACCCCCUACCGAGGACCAGCUACGCACAAUCCUAGGCUAUGUCGGACAGAGCAAAGUUAGCUCCGUCGUCAAGGGCGCCUCUUUAGAUAAUGAUGCCAUCAAGAAAUUCAGAUCCAGCACUAACGCCUUCCAGCGCCCAGUAAAUAAUAGCAAGGCUGUUACUAGCGCCGAAGGGUCCCAGAUCCUCAAGCUGCUCGAGCAACCCAAAGGCCAAUCAGCUUAA